AUGAUUCAAAGCAGGCCUGAUCAUGACUCUGCAGAACGUAGAGGCGAAAUCGAAGGUUGUGACAAGGGUCCUGAAGAUGAUCCAACCUUCCUAGCGCCCAAUCGUAUGGUUGCCAAACUACUCAGGAUGCUUGCUGACUCACGCAUUCUUAGUUUGGGGGAGCUUGAUCAAGUCGCUGAAUUCGUCGCCAAACGGCGUGUAUUGCUAUCUGGAUCACUGCAACAUGGUAGGUUGAAGAUAAUUUAUGCUCUUAGUUCUUGA